AGGGUAAUGUAUUAACGCCAUACAAAGCAAAUGUAAAAGCUUGCAAAAGCAACUCCCACGCCCAAAGCCCUGCGAGGGAGAGAGAGGGAGAGACCCACUGUUCUUCUCGAGGCUCUGAGAAAGAAAGAGAAACAGAAAAAAGUGUAGAGAUUUUGAGUGCAUGAUGCACGCGAAGACCGAUUCGGAAGUGACGAGCGUGGCGACGUCGUCGCCGACGAGGUCGCCGAGGCGGCCGGUGUACUACGUGCAGAGCCCGUCGCGUGACUCGCACGAUGGGGAGAAGACGACGACGUCGUUUCACUCGACGCCGGUGCUCAGCCCGAUGGGCUCGCCGCCGCACUCCCACUCCUCCGUCGGCCGCCACUCCCGGGAGUCCUCCUCCAGCCGCUUCUCCGGCUCGCUCAAGCCCGGAUCCCGCAAGGUCUCCCCCAACGACGCCUCAGCCGCCAGCAAGCAUCACCAACGGAAGGGCCAGAAGAAUUGGAAGGAAUGCGACGUCAUCGAGGAGGAAGGCCUUCUGGAUGAUGGCGAGUCUCAGAAAGGCCUUCCUCGCCGCUGCUAUUUCCUGGCCUUUGUUCUCGGCUUCUUUGUUCUCUUCGCCCUCUUCUCUCUGAUCUUGUGGGGCGCUAGUAGGCCCCAAAAGCCCAAGAUCACCAUGAAGAGCAUUAAAUUUGAGAGUCUGGACAUUCAUGCUGGUUCAGAUUUCACGGGGGUGGCAACUGAUAUGAUCACCAUGAACGCCACAGUGAAGCUCACUUUCCGCAACACCGGAACAUUCUUCGGCGUCCAUGUUACAUCCACGCCUCUCGAUCUAUCGUACGAUCAAAUCACAAUCGGCUCUGGAUCCAUCAAGAAAUUCUAUCAGUCAAGGAAAAGCCAAAGAACUGUAGCCGUUGCAGUGACCGGAGACAAGAUCCCUCUGUACGGAAGUGGCGCGAGUCUGAGCAGCUCAACGGCGACGACGACCACCGUGCCAGUGCCUCUGAAACUGAGCUUCGUGGUCAGAUCGAGAGCCUACGUCCUGGGUAAAUUGGUGAAACCAAAGUUCUACAAGAGGAUCAAGUGCUCCAUAGUCUUCGAUAAGAAAAAACUCAACGUUCCGAUCCCACUGAAGAAUUCUUGUUCAUACGAUUAAUCAAUCCAUACUACUGUUUGCUCUGCCGCUUUUUUCACUUUUCUUAUCAUUGAAGGAAGAUAAACGGGGGCAGCUGUAGGGACACGCGGUUUUCAGGGCCUCUUGGGUUGCCCGGCUGCCCGACGAUGGAGCUGCUGGUUGGGUUUGGUGGCGACUUCAACGAACCUGCUCAGAUCGCAUAUAAAUAAGAAAAAAGGAAAGAGAAGAGCGAAGGGGGAAUUAAUUGUUUUUUUUAUUUUAUUUUAGUUCAAUACAAGCAAUAUUAUGUUAAUUCAUUUAUUAUCAGAAGAAACGUUGGGUUCACUGUUUGGACGAUUUAAUUAUCAUGGAUAUAGAGAGUAAAUUGCAGUA